GGUUUAACCUACCUUAACUUUUUGGAAAAACCAACAAUGGAGAACUCUGAGGGUAGAUUUGUCGAUCUUUACGUCCCCCGCAAAUGCUCGGCCACCAACCGCCUCAUCACUGCCAAGGACCACUCUUCCAUCCAGCUCAACGUUGCCAACGUUGAUGCCGAAGGUCGCUCCACCAAGUCCUUUGCCACCUACGCUCUCUGCGGCUUUGUCCGUAAGAACGCCGAGGCUGAUGACUCCCUUAACCGUCUCGCCACCCAGGAUGGUUACUUGAAGAGCGUCUGGUCUUACCAGCUCUAAGGAAAAUAGUUUAAGAAGUUCUGCCCCAUUGUCAUGUUCACCCUUCAUGAUAAGAGAUCUUUAAUAUAUUAUGAUUUUUAUAUAUUCUAUUUUCUAUUUUUUUUUUUUUUAUAUUCUUACAAAAAAUAAAGAACAAGAGCGCACUCCGUCGAUGUAAAGAUCGAAUAAAAAUGG